AUUUACUGUCUUUAUUUUAGAUAUGAUGGAAGUGAAAGAGGAGAGUCAAGCUGAAGUGGAUGAGAAACAUCAGAUUGUAAAAAUAAACCAUAAUGUUUCACAGAAAGAGACUCUGAAGACAGAAGACAUAAAGUGUGAAAAUAGUUUCAGUGAAGAUGAACGCCCUGAAGAUCACAAGAGGACUCACAGUGAGGAGAAACCUUUAACAUGUCAACAGUGUGGAAAGAGUUUCAGAACAAAAGUUUACCUUAAAACACACAUGAGGAUUCACACUGGAGAGAAACCUUUCACAUGUCAUCAAUGUGAAAAGAGUUUCACCUUUCAAUCGAACCUUAACCGGCACAUAAAAACUCACAGUGGGGAAAAGCCACACGUGUGCCACCAUUGUGGCAAGAGUUUCGGAGAUAAAAGUAAACUUGAGACUCAUGUGAGAAGUCACAUUAAAGAAAAACCACACGCGUGCCAUGAGUGUGAAAUGAGUUUUAUAUCUGCAAGUUACCUUAAGAUACACAUGAGGUCUCACACUGGAGAGAAACCUUAUGUAUGUCAACAGUGUGGAAAGAGUUUCAACGUUAAAUCGAACCUUAACCGGCACAUGAAAGCUCACAGUGAGGAAAGGCCACACGUGUGCCACCAUUGUGAUAAGAGUUUCCCAGAUACAAGUGAACUUAAGAUACACAUGAGGACUCACACCGGAGAGAAACCUUUCACAUGUCAACAGUGUGGAAAGAGUUUCAGAGAUAAAAGUAAACUUGAGACUCACGUGAGAAGUCACAUUAAAGAAAAAACACACGCGUGCCAUGAGUGUGAAAGGAGUUUUAUAUCUGCAAGUAACCUUAAGAUACACAUGAGGUCUCACACUGGAGAGAAACCUUAUGUAUGUCAACAGUGUGGAAAGAGUUUCAACGUUAAAUCGAACCUUAUCCGGCACAUGAAAGCUCACAGUGGGGAAAGGCCACACGUGUGCCACCACUGUGAUAAGAGUUUCCCAGAUACAAGUUACCUUAAGAUACACAUGAGGUCUCACACUGGAGAGAAACCUUAUGUAUGUCAACAGUGUGGAAAGAGUUUCAACGUUAAAUCAAACCUUAACCAGCACAUGAAAGCUCACAGGGGGGAAAAGCCUUUCAGAUGUCAACAUUGUGGAAAGAGUUUCAGAACAAAAUGGCACCUUAACGAACAUGUGAGGAUUCACACUGGAGAGAAACCACAUCUGUGCCAUCAGUGUGGAAAGAGUUUUACAACUGCAAGUGAACUUAAGAAACAUUCAAGAGUUCACACUGGAGAGAAAACUUACAAGUGUCAACAGUGUGGAAAGAGUUUCACAUUUCAAACAGGCCUUACCCAGCACAUAAAAAAUCACAGUGGAGAAAAACCAAACACGUGCCAUCACUGUGACAAGAGUUUUCUAUCUACAGGUGAACUUAAGAUACACAUCAGACUUCACACUGGAGAGAAACCUUACACUUGUCAUCUGUGUGGAAAGAGUUUCAGAACAAAACCUCACCUUAACGUACACAUGAGGAUUCACACCGGACAGAAACCACACGUGUGCCAUCACUGUGAAAAGAGUUUUACAAGGAAAGGUAAUCUUAAGACACACAUGACACUUCACACUGGAGAAGAACUGUUCACAUGUCAUCUGUGUGUAAAGAGUUUUAGAAAGAAACGUGACCUUAAUAGACAUGUGAGAAUUCACACUGGAGAGAAACCAUUCAUUUGUCAUCACUGUGGAAAGGGUUUUACGAUGAAAUGUGACCUUAAUGCACACGUGAUAAUUCACACUGAAGAGAAACCAUACUUGUGUCAACACUGUGGAAAGAGUUUCAGGACAAAACCAAGCCUUAAUGUACAUUUGAGAACUCACACUAAAGAGAAACCGUUUACAUGCCAUGAGUGUAAAAAGAGUUUCAAAACAAAAGCUACACUUAAAAUACAUGCAAGAUUUCACACUCAAUAGAAACCAUUCAUGUGUCAACAGUGUGGAUAUGGCAACAGAGUUUAUAAAGAUCUUAUUAAUAAAACUGUCUGGAGGAUCCUUACUAAAAGUCUACAUGCGCACAAAAGCCAAAAAUGUCUGUACUUGUGUUCUUGUGAAACGUCAUCAGUCGCAGCCCAAGUACUGUUGCAAUUCCAAGUUCACAUGAAGUCAAGUUCACAUAACAUCUCAGGAUGUGUUCUUGAUCCACUCAUUUUAUCGAGGAUGAAUCAGGUGACUUGUGUGGACUUAUGAAAGACAAGUUUCUCAGAAUGCAUUUCACGUCAACGACAAUAAAGCUUAAAACCUGCACAAUAUUUGAAAUAUUACUCUUUCUGUGUCAUAAAAUGUAGCUUUUUAGUUGAAAAUAUUGAUGAGUAAACUAGUGUUGUAGUCAAGACCACCUAAACCGAGACCAAGUCAAGACCAAGACAGGCCGAGACCAAGUCAAGACCAAGACCCCAGUGCAAGUCACUGCAUUAAAACACUUAUGAUAAAAUGUGGAAUAUGCAUAUGAUUAGGCAUUUCUUGUCUUUGUGCGUGCGUGUGUGUGUGUGUGUGUGUGUGUGUGUGUGUGUGUAUGCCAUCAGAGAAGUUGAGAAAAUAAUCGAUUCCAAGACGAGACCAAGACCUUUAAGACCGAGACCGGUCUCGAGAACUACAACACUAGAAUAAACUUUAAUUCUGUGGUUAGUUAGUAAAGAUAGAGCAUAUAUUAUAAUUUUCUCUGAUGAUUUGGAUAUGUGAGUUUCGGGUGAUCAGUGGGCCGUCAGCGCUGCGUUCACCACUGACGGCAGUAUCCUCUCGACAAAUCCUUCUGAAAUUUGCCGCUGUCUCAGUGUAGCUGCUCUGCCCUUCAGUGUCUGAUCGUUAAACAUGAAAUAUUCCCUUUGGAUAUACACUAUAUUGUCCAAAGUUUUGGGACACCCCUCCAAAUCAUUGAAUUCAGUUCCAGUCACAUCUAGUGAAAGGAACUCUUAAUGCUUCAUCAUACCAAGACAUUUUGGACAAUUUCAUGCUCCAACUUUGUGGGAAAAGUUUAGGGAUGGCUCCUUCCUGUUCCAACAUGACUGUGCACCAGUGCAGAAAGCAAAGAGCAAGUGUGCAGAAACUUGACUGGCCUGCACAGAGGGGCUGUUUACACUUGGUAUUAAGAUGUGUUUUCAUCGAUCGGAUCACAAGUGGACUAGAGAGACACACAUUACGUUUACACCUGGUAUUUAAAUCCGUCUCUUUUGUUCACUUUCGACCACUUCUGUCCUGAAUACUGUGAGGGGACGGUCCGUGAGACGGUGGGCGAGUCUCCCUGCUGUUAUUCAAACGCGAGCGGGAGUAAUUAUGAGUUUAUAUGGACGCAAACUAAUAUUAUGUCGGAGUCCACUGCUUGUUUAGCAAGUAAACAUGCUGCACAGAGUUUUGUACGUGUAUAUGUUAGAGCUUUCUCUGAAUUUUCUGCGCAAUUGAUGAAAUAGGAUCGCACAACUUUCACGCUUUCAAAACGAAACUACGGAGAACACCCGCAGUAGUUUUAUCAAUGAAAGGCUAAAAAUAGAGCUGUUCACCGUAUGUUCACGCCAGAAGUCAAAAAAAGACGUAAAAUUUGUGUUUAAUACCUCAGAUUAGAUAAAUGGGCGGAGAGAAGGCGGUCGCGUGUGGCUGUUCGAACACAUUCAACCACAUUGCGUUCCGCAGCUCCAAAGCGAUCCGAUCGAAAGUGGUUUUCGACUACCUCUGGAUUUGGUUGUAAGUGGUCGAAAGUGGACACGUUUAAAACGUUUUGAACACCGUUUACACCUGGCAUUAACGUUGUCCACUUGUGAUCCGAUCGACGAAAACGCAUGUUAAUGCCAAGUGUAAACAGCCUCAGAGUCCUGACCUCAACCCAAUCAAACAUCUUUUGGAUGAAUUAGAGCAGAGACUACGAGCGAGGCCUUCUCGUUCAACAUCAGUGUCUUACAAAUGUGCUUUUAGAAGAAUAGUCAAAAAUUCCCAUAAACACACUCCUAAACCUUAUAGAAAGUCUUCCAAGAAUAGUUGAAGCUGUUAUAGCAGCAAAGGGUGGACAAAACUCCAUAUUAAACCAUAUGGAUUAAGAAUAUAAAGGCAGGUGUCCCAAAACUUUUGUCAAUAUAGUGCAUCUAACUGGGAUUUGGUCUCAUCAAUUUAUUUCUCUUUAUUAUUCAUUUGAAGUCUGUUAUUUGUUAUUAUCGUUUUAACUGAUGUUAAAGUUAAGUUUCAUAACUUAAAUCAAAUAUAUUUUCUAUAGAAUCUUAACACUGAAUCACUGCCUUUGUACUGUAACUACUAGAUUUUUUUGUGUUUACUUCAUGUUGUACAAAAGUUUUGUACAUUUAAUGAAUGGUUUAUCAUAUUUUAUUUUGUAAUAAAUGCAUUGAAGCUAAUCAGUGA